GUCAGUGAGAAUCGGUGACCUGCACUAAACGCAUUUUUUUGUUUUGAUUUCAGAUACGCUAUUUAUUUCCUUGGCGAGGUGAUCCUGUUGUAUGGUGUUAUGGUGAUGGUGCACAUCAAGAGCAUUCACAAGUACACUUUCCUGGCAGCAAUGACCUACCUAACCAUCUGUCAGAUUAUCCGAGUCUACGUCCUUGAUAGUGAAGAGUGCUCUGCUGAUUUUUCUGGGCCACUAAUGGUGAUCACACAGAAAGUAACAAAGUUGGCAUUUGAACUUCAUGAUGGUCUGGCCCGAGAUGAUAAAGAACUGAGUCUCUCCCAGAAACGCUUAGCAGUGAGGCGGAUACCAAGUCUACUUGAGUAUGUCAGCUACAACCUCAACUUCAUGGGCAUCCUUGCAGGGCCUCUGAACUCUUUCAAUGACUACAUCUCCUUCAUCGAGGGCAGAAACUUCAAGGCUGGGCAGGUCCCCCUUGCUAAUGGAACGGAGAGAAAAGCCUGCUCUCUGAAUGAACCUUCACCUCUGCGAGCGGUGGCGUGGAAGAUGCUGGUCUGCAGCGUGUGUGUGGUUGUGCAUCUGUCCCUGAACGAACGGUUUCUCGUUGGCUACAACAAUGACGACGACUUCAUGGCCAGAAGCUCGCAGCCCUUGCGCUUACUCUAUCUCUACACCUCCCUCAUGGCUCACAGACCAAAGUAUUAUUUUGCCUGGACCAUUGCUGAUGCCGUCAAUAAUGCUGCCGGCUUUGGAUUCAAUGGCUACGACCGUCACGGCCAACCUCGCUGGGACCUGGCUUCCAACCUCAACAUCGACAAGAUCGAAUUUGCAACAAGCAUGAAGAUGUUUAUUGACAAUUGGAACAUGCAGACAGCUGUGUGGCUCAAGGAAGUCUGCUACGACCGGUGUCCCUUCUGCCCAACGUUGCUGACGUUCCUGCUAUCGGCAGUCUGGCACGGAGUCUACCCUGGCUACUACUUCACCUUCAUGACUGGCAUGCUCGUUACCCUCGCAGCAAGAGCCGUCCGAAGCAACUUGAGGCCAUAUUUCUUAGUUUCGCCGGCACGCAAAGCGUUUUAUGACCUGGUGACAUGGGCGACUACACAGAUCGUGGUGAGCUACACAGUGGCACCUUUCGUCCUUCUCUAUAUGGAUUCCUCACUCAAAUUUUACAGGUCCUGGCACUUUAAUUUGCAUAUCAUUGCCAUCGCUCUCAUCUUGGUGUUGCCAAAGAAGCCAAAGGGUGCAUCAAAGGAACAACUCAGGCCUCAAGAGGCCAAACCAUCGGAGAUGGCACAUCAUUGCAAUGGACACCGGAACGGAUAUGCACCAAUGAACACCAACCAAAACCAUCGGAUGAAGAUCGACUAAGUGGAGAAGAGGGAUCUCCGUGAACCUCUGAGAGGAGGAAGCAGCUAACGCAGCCGCUGUGACCAAUGACUUGCCUGCUGUUUGAAACACUAUUGAAAGCCACUGUUCAGUUUGGUCGCCGAGUGAAGAAUAGUGGCUUUUGUCAGGAAA